GGAGAUGGACAUGUCCGGUGUUAAUUUUUGCGUAUUAAUUAACUACUCCUUUUCUUUUCUUUCUUUGUUUGGUGUAUUCUUUCAAAAUUUUCACACAUUGAAAUUCCUAUUUUUCUUUUGUCACCAUAAAUCUUAGUAUAUGAUUUAACGAAAUAUCUAUAUUAAAACUAGUAGUAGUGGAUGAUGUAGCAUAUAGUCAAUUCGUUCAACUAAUCCCAACAUUUUCCACAUAGAGUGUAGAUAUAGAUGUACGAAAAUUACUAUUUUAAAAGAGAUUAAUUUUGAACUUAUAGUUUCCAAAGUAUAAUGGGUGCAAUACUGCAAUAGUUAGUGCUAAAGGUUAGAACCCGUAAAAUUUAUAUUCUGGAUCCACCUCAUCGUAAUAGUGCGCACCCAUCUUCCUAAAAUCCUAGAUCCACCUCUGCUUGUACUGUCUUAUAUAUCAGUUCAUUUUCUUCUUCAUUUCCGAUGUGGGAUUGACUUAAGUGUCAUAUGCAUCCUUUUUUCGGAAGCUUGCCAUCGUAGAAGACUUGGAGUAACCGAAGGAGAGCCUUGGAGCAAUGGUAAAGUUGUCUUUGUGUGGCCUAUAGGUCACGGGUACGAGUCAUGGAAGCAGCUAUGCUUGCAUUAGGUUUUUCCGGUGGAGCCAAUGGAGACAUAGCAUGUGAUCUGUACCACAAAUACAAGGAAGAUGUCCAACUCAUGGCGGAGACAGGCUUAGAAGCCUACAGGUUCUCUAUUUCAUGGUCUAGACUUAUUCCAGGUGGAAGAGGACCUGUAAAUCCAAAGGGUUUACAAUUUUAUAACAAUUACAUUGAUGAACUUAUCAGCCAAGGUAUUCAACCACAUGUUACACUACUUCACAGUGAUCUGCCACAGGUACUUGAAGAUGAAUACGGGGGAUGGUUAAGCCGAAAGAUUGUGAAGGACUUCACUGCAUAUGCAGAGGUAUGCUUCAAGGAAUUUGGUGACAGGGUGUUGUAUUGGACCACCAUUAAUGAGGCCAAUGUAUUUGCUAUCGGAGGUUAUGAUCAUGGCAUCAUCCCACCAGGACGUUGUUCCCCACCUUUUGGGGUUAAUUGUUCUAGAGGCAAUUCAUCUACUGAGCCUUAUAUUGUUGUUCAUAACAUGUUGCUUGCACAUUCAUCCACAAUGAAAUUGUACAGGAGAAAUUACAAGUCCAUCCAACAUGGUUUUGUGGGAUUUAGUAUAUAUGGUUUUUGGUUUGUUCCUUACACACAUUCAGUGGAUGAUGUAAAUGCAGCACAAAGAGCUAAUGAAUUUUAUACUGGUUGGAUAAUGAAUCCUUUAAUAUUUGGAGACUAUCCCUCUGUAAUGAAGAAGGCUGCUGGGACAAGAAUUCCAACCUUCAGCAAAUAUGAGGCUAAGCUAGUUAAGGGCUCAGUUGAUUUCAUAGGCGUAAACCACUAUACAACAGCAUCUGUCAAGGACAGGUCUUCCAGCAUUCAAAAGAAUACCAGGGACUUUGGUGCUGACAUAGAAGCAGAUAUCUCACUUGAGGCAUUGGCAGCAGAUCAGUAUCCAGUGAUACCUUCUGGUCUUUAUGAAUUUCUGGACUACUUAAAAGAGGCUUAUGGCAACCCGCCGAUUUACAUUCAGGAAAAUGGUCAAAAGACUCGGCGUAAUGGUACACUAAAUGACACAGCAAGAAUAGAAUAUUUGCAUGCCUACAUUGGGAGUGUUCUUGACGCUGUAAGGAAUGGAUCGGAUACAAGAGGGUAUUUCGCGUGGUCCUUGUUAGAUGGUUUGGAAUUACUUGGUGGCUAUGGACUGAGCUAUGGCCUCUACUAUGUAGAUUUGGAUGAUAAAGAAUUAACAAGGUAUCCAAAACUUUCCGCAUACUGGUACGCCAACUUCUUAAAGGGAAAAACCUCUAUUACCAGUGCAGAGGACAAGCUUCCUAUCUACAAUCUCUAAUAUGGUUUUAUCUGCACAAGAUGUUAGAUAUUUGUCAAAUAAUAUGAUUAUAUCUGCAAUAUGAUGUUACUUCUCCAUUCAAAUGUGGAAAGAAAAUAAAUUUCCCCCACAGAUUGUCUUGAUCAUUUCAUAGGCACAAGGAGCAUAUUUAUCUGUCUCAGGCUUAGCUCUUCAGCUACUCUAAAAAGUCAUGAUUUUGCCACAUUUAUUUAUGUUAAUUUAACAGCUUGAUAUAUUGACGUUUGAGCAAUCA